UCGAUGCCGUCAAGAGUGGCGACGUCAAUGCCCACGAUCGCAUCUUGAAGGAGAAGUUGCUCCCCAACGACAUUUCUUGCCGUUUCUGUCCUGAUGAUGACAACUACAAGUACCCACUUGAUGAUGACUGGACUCACUGGCACCGUGAUCUAAAGGAUGUUGGCGAGUCUUCUCCUGUCGAAGCUGACGAAGAGCGCAAGAUGAAGGAGGUCAAGCUUCCAAAUGGUAUUUCUUGCCGCUUUUGUCCAGAUGAUGACAACUACAAGUAUCCUCUUGAUGAUGACUGGACUCACUGGCAUUAG